GAAAGCUGUGUGCGGAUUGUGGAAGAGGAGGCGAUAUUUUUCAAUCGUCGCUCGUUUGGGAAAGUCCUCACAUCUUAGAUGAACUCCAAUCGCUUCGAGAAACUCUAAUUCCUCGGGAGUUUCCGAUAGCAUCAUCGGGAAAUUGUUUUUCCGUUGAACAAUCACAAUGGAUGGUAACAAAGAUGACGCGUUGAAAUGCCUAAAAAUCGGCAAGGAUGCUAUAGAAGCAGGAGAUAGAUCUCGCGCUUUGAAAUUUCUUGAGAAAGCUCGUCGUCUUGAUCCAAAUCUUCCGAUCGAUGGUCUUGUUUCGGAUCUGAAGAAGCAAUCGGAUGAACCAGCGGCGGAGGAGGAUUCGCCGGGAUCUGCUGCCAACGAGUCAUCUAAGCCGUCGGAUCGACCUUCUCUUCGUCAACGUGGAUCUUCGUCAUCAGCCGCGGGAUCGUCAUCAUCUUCGUCUUCCACGGAAGAACAACGAACGAUCGUGAGGGAGAUAAAAUCGAAGAAGGAUUACUAUGAGAUCCUUGGAUUGAAAAGUAACUGUUCAGUGGAAGAUUUGAGGAAAUCUUAUCGGAAACUCUCGUUGAAAGUUCAUCCUGAUAAGAACAAAGCUCCUGGUUCUGAAGAAGCUUUUAAAUCCGUCUCUAAAGCUUUUCAAUGCCUAAGCAACGAAGACACUAGAAGAAAGUACGACGGCAGUGGUUCCGAUGAGCCUGCUUAUCAACCACGCCGAGAUGCGAGAAGAAACAACGGAUUCAAUGGAUUCUACGACGAUGAAUUUGAUGCUGAUGAGAUUUUCAGAAGCUUCUUUGGUGGUGGUGAAAUGAAUCCUGCUACUACUCAGUUCCGAUCAUUCAAUUUUGGUGGAGGAACUAGAACAGCUAAUCAAGCUUCUGAUACAGGAUUCAAUCCUCGUGUACUUCUUCAAAUACUUCCUGUUGUGUUCAUACUACUACUCAACUUUUUGCCUUCUCCUCAACCAAUUUACUCGCUUUCUCAUCGUAUAACUACGAGCUCAAAUUCACCACGCAUAGGGGCGUCACUUACUUUGUGAGAUCAGCCAAGUUCGAGCAGGAAUAUCCGAUAAGUAGCUUCGAGAGACAGAGGGUUGAAGAGCAAGUUGAUAGAGAUUACUUGUCUAUACUUGGCCAGAAUUGUCGCCAUGAGCUUCAGAGACAACAAUGGGGAUAUAUCCGCGAAACGCCACGUUGCGACAUGAUGAAGAGGUUUGAUGCAGCUGCUGCAUAAACCAUCCAGGUCAGAGAGAGACUGAAGCACCAAGUUAGUAAACUCAAAUCCAAGAAACUUGGUUGGAUUGUUCUGAGACAUAGCUAUGGUACUUACUAACUUCUGAGCAUUUUUGUUGAUGCUUCAGUAGUUUGAUUUCUAAGUCCCAAACUCAUAUACGUUGAUUACUGUCCUCCUUAUGAUGUUUAGUAUGAAACAUAUUAUGUGUGAUUAUAUCUUAAUUAGAAUAAUAAUUACUUUGUUUGCUUUGAAUUUUUACU